CCCCACCCUCCGAGGACCACAGGCUGUAGGAUUAGAGUGAAGAAUGGGGUCGUCUGUUGCCCUGGCGGCCCUGCUGCUUGUCCUGGGCUUAACCCCUCGUGUAGGGAGCCUGAACCCGGACGACCCAAACGUUUGCAGCCACUGGGAGAGCUACGCUGUGACUGUUCAGGAAUCCUACGCUCACCCUUUUGACCAGAUCUACUACACCAGAUGCACAGACAUCCUCAACUGGUUUAAAUGCACACGGCACAGGAUCAGCUAUAAGACGGCUUAUCGGCGGGGAGUGAGGACCAUGUACAGGCGCCGUUCGCAGUGUUGCCCCGGUUACUUUGAGAGUGGAGACUUGUGUGUUCCUCUUUGUACAGAGGAGUGUGUCCAUGGUCGCUGUGUGUCUCCUGAUACAUGCCUGUGUGAGCCUGGAUGGGGCGGACUGGACUGCUCCAGUGCAAACACAGCCAAUGGAACAGGCUGCGAGAGCGACUACUGGGGACCUCAUUGCAGUAAUCGGUGUCAGUGCCAGAACGGGGCUAAGUGUAACCCCAUCACAGGUGCGUGUGUCUGCACUGAUGGGUACCAGGGAUGGCGAUGUGAGGAGCCCUGUGAGCAUGGUUAUUACGGCAAGGCGUGCCAACUACUCUGCCAGUGUCUCAAUGGUGCCACCUGCAACCACGAGACAGGAGAGUGCAUCUGUGCACCAGGAUACUCGGGAGCUUUCUGUGGCGAGCGCUGCCCCUCCGGGAGUCACGGGUCGCAGUGUGAGCAGCGCUGCCCCUGCCAGAAUGGAGGAACGUGCCACCACAUCACUGGAGAUUGUUCCUGCCCAAUCGGGUGGACGGGUUCAGUUUGUGCCCAGCCGUGCCCUCUCGGCAAGUACGGCAUCAACUGCAGCAAGGACUGUUCCUGUCGUAACGGAGGACUGUGCGACCACGUCACGGGGCAGUGCCAGUGCGCCGCUGGCUUCAGUGGACGCAGGUGCCAGGACGACUGUCCUGUUGGCACCUUUGGUCCGCAGUGCAACCAGAGGUGCGAGUGUCAGAAUGGAGCAAAGUGUCACCACAUCAACGGAGCCUGUCUGUGUGAAACAGGAUUCAAAGGCCCUAAUUGCCAAGAGAGAUUCUGUCCUCCAGGCCUCUACGGCCUCAUCUGUGACAAGUACUGCCCCUGUAAUACCACCAACACCGUGAGCUGCCACCCGCUUUCUGGUGAAUGCACCUGCUCUGUGGGAUGGACCGGGCUUUACUGUAAUGAGAGCUGCCCUCCUGGAUACUACGGAGAGGGAUGCAUGCUGCCCUGUAGCUGCACCAACGGAGCCGACUGCCAUCCUGUCACAGGCACCUGUACAUGUGCCCCCGGGUACAUGGGUGAGGACUGUGCCACCGUGUGUCCUCCUGGUCUCUACGGACCAAGCUGCAUGUCCACCUGCUCCUGCCAUAAUCACGCAUCUUGCUCUCCAGUCGAAGGCUCCUGCAUCUGCAGGGAAGGCUGGCAGGGCACGGACUGCUCCCUCCUCUGCUCCAGCGGUACGUGGGGUCCGGGCUGUAAUCAGACAUGCUCAUGUGCCAACGGAGCUGCGUGUGACCCCAUGGAUGGCAUCUGCACGUGUUCCCCCGGGUGGAGGGCGGAGCACUGCGACGAGUCCUGUCCCGACGGCACUUAUGGGCUGGAGUGUCGCGAGCGCUGUGACUGCAGCCAUGCUGAUGGUUGUGAUCCAGUGGGCGGCUACUGUCGCUGCUACCCCGGCUGGACAGGAAUCCACUGUGAUAACGUGUGCCCACAAGGCUUCUGGGGACCCAACUGUUCAGUCAGCUGUUCCUGUCAGAAUGGAGGAUCCUGCUCUCCAGAAGACGGUACAUGUGUGUGCGCACCUGGCUACAGGGGGACGUCCUGCAAAAGAAUCUGCUCCCCGGGCUUCUACGGGCAUCGCUGCAGCCAGUCGUGUCCGCAGUGUGUGCACAGCACCGGGCCGUGCCAUCACGUCACGGGCCACUGUGAGUGCCUGUCCGGCUUCUCUGGUUCUCUGUGCAACCAAGUCUGUCCAGGUGGCAGGUACGGGAGGCACUGCGCUGAGAUCUGCCUCUGCACCAACGGCACCUGCAACCCCAUCGAUGGCUCCUGCCAAUGCUUCCCUGGAUGGAUUGGGGAGGAUUGCUCUCACGCCUGUUCCUCUGGGCACUGGGGCCCCGAUUGUCUCAACUCGUGUAACUGUCACAACGGAGCCCAGUGCAGCGCCUAUGAUGGAGAGUGCAGGUGCAGCCCCGGCUGGACCGGACUCUACUGCACACAGCGCUGUCCUUCGGGGUUCUACGGCAGGGACUGCUCGGAAGUCUGUCGAUGCCAAAACGGCGCGGACUGUGACCACAUUACUGGCCAGUGCGCCUGCCGAACAGGCUUCAUUGGGACGAGCUGUGAGCAGAAGUGUUCUGCUGGUGCAUUUGGAUAUGGUUGCCAGCAGCUGUGUGAGUGCCUGAACAAUGCCACCUGUGACUACGUGACGGGAACGUGCUACUGCAGCCCCGGAUAUAAAGGCAUCCGUUGUGACCAAGCAGCUCUUAUGAUGGAGGAGCUGAACCCGUACACUAAGAUUAGCCCGGCAACAGGCUCGGAGCGGCAGUCUGCAGGAGCCGUGAUGGGCAUCAUCUUUCUGCUCCUCAUCAUCACGGCCAUGCUCAGCCUGUUUGUGUGGUACAGACAGAGGCAGAGGGACAAAGGCCACGAGAUCCAGCCCAGUGUGUCCUACACACAAGCAAUGCACAUCAACAACACAGACUAUUCCCUGUCUGAUUGUGGCAGUACUGUAGCGAUGAGGACCAACGCUGCCGAGGUCAAUCCGAGCCAAGGCAGCAGUGGCCCGUGCUUCUCCAACCCCAGUUACCACACCGUGGCCCAGUGUAAUGUUGUCUCAACCAUCUCCAGCAACCUGGAUGGCACUCUGACCCUCAAAUCGAGCACUCUGAAAAGUCGAAAUGGCUCAGAAUGGAGAGCCUACUGCAACCUUAAUGACCUCGAUGUUCAGGGGGAGCCACAGAGAUGCUCCAAACCAGAUUACAUCAAGAGCUCCAUGUGUGGCAACAGCUCGUGCUCCCUGAAUAGUGAGAAUCCAUACGCCACCAUUAGAGAGCCACCAGGGUUGGCUUGCAAGCACACAGAGAGCAGCUAUGUGGAGAUGAAGUCCCCCUCCCACCGUGAGGUGCCCUUUGGAGGCACUGCCACCCUCCUGGGCAUUGUGAGCAGGAAUGUCUAUGAUGUUGAACCGACAGUGAGUGUCCUGCAGGGACCCAAUGGAAUGGCCACCGGCUUCUCCCAGAGUCCCUACGACCUCCCCCGUGGCAGCCACGUCCCCGGCCACUAUGACAUACUGCCAAUGCGUCACAGCCCCACGCACACCCCCCCGCCGCCCCCGGAGAGCCCCAGCUCCCUGCUCUAGAAGGAGAACCCUCCGCCGGACUCUGAAAGGCGUGCCGGCAUCCGGGCAACGUUCAGCCAACAUCACACCAACGGCCAACCAGCUCUUUGGCUCCCUCUCCGGCAGCCUGUGGCACGGAAAAGGGGGGGGGGGGGUAUAGUGUCACACACCAGCGACCAUUCAACCGUUUUAUUUUCUUAUUGAACUGAUCAUUCAAACUGCCUGCCCGGGUUCUUUAUGGACCUCCUGAAGGGGAACAUAAUAGUUCCAAACAGUGCUAAGGGCAGCAGACAUGGAUUGAGCGGACCGAUUAUUUAGAGGGAGAGAGCUGUGCUCACGCUCUUUUUAAACCCGUGAUAUAGGUUUACUGUUGUGGAGCAGCCCGAGUGUUUAUAAUGCCCCGUAAACCAAAGUGAUUUUCUCCGCAGGAAGAAAGGAAGCAACCUUGACCAUUUCAAAGCAGGGGAGGAUUUACUACAUACAGACAUCAGAGUGUCUGAAUUUGGUCAGUGUCUGAGCUUGUGCAGCAGCUGCAGAUCACAACACAGCUCACAUGAAAUAUUAUGAUUAUUUCCCCUGAAAGGUUCAGUCAAUUGGUAGAGAACGCUAUGUUCUAAAUGUGAAACAUGAAAACCCGGCUGAGAGUGAUCCAACUCUGAUAAAGCAUGGAUAAAUUGUAAAUUAUUGUAAUGCUCUUUUUAUUCUCUGUUAUCCACAUCACACAUUUAAAAUUAAGGCAUAACAUUGUGUGUGUGUGUGUGUGUGUGUGUGUGUGUGUGUGUGUGUGUGUGUGUGUGUGUGUAACUCAAGAGCUUCUUUUAAGUUGCAGUGUAAUUAGGGCCUGAUGUUUCCAGAGAUGCAUUCAGGGCAACAGUGUUUAAGCUUAAUGCCGUUACUCAGAGACACACACAUACAAUACUUCUCAAGUUUGGAUUUUCUCUCCACACUCAUGAGGGCAUCAGAUAUUGUGUUGUUUUUCUUCAGCACUUAGUUUACACUUUUUAUUUAUUGGGUGUUAUAAUGGGAUUACGUUGACCGUUUAUGUUUUGUAUUCAUACAACUAAUGGCUUUAUUUAUGAAUUUAUAUUAGUAGGGGGACUUUUCAUCAAUGUGACACUAGAAUUUAAAAAAGAUGAGCAUGAUCAAAUAAUGGAUACCCACUGAUGUAAUUUACCUUCUUGUGAGAUGAUCAGUGUCAUUUUGUGUGUGUUUUUGAAGUUAAAAUGUGCAUUCUCUCUCUGUCAAAUUGUAAAUUAAAAAUAAGAUUUUAUCUGACCAAGUCUAGACCCACAAAGUAUUUACAAAGGGAACCACACAAUAUGUAAAAAGUUCAUUUCUUAAAUAUUUUAUGUUCAGCCAAAUUAAAUGAUUCAUCAAUUAAACUGAAUUUAUUCAUUCACUAUGUGAAUUCCAUUUCACUCUCUUUAGAAGCAAUAACAUGUUGACAAUCGAUGCCCAGACAACGAUUCAUUAGUGAUGGACAGUAUGACAUCUUUGACCAGUGUGCUGACAGUGGAUCAUAUUUUACGUGACUGUUUGUUUUCCGGUUGCUGUCCUAUCAAUGCUGCUUGUUGGUUUGGUACAUCAUUUUAAUAUUAUAAAGCCUAUUCUGUCAUGAGAAACCUGUUCUUCAGGUUACAAACAACAUCAAUUUACAUCUUGUGUCAGGUGUUACACUGGACACAUCUCUUUUCGGCUGUUGCAGAAAGAAACUCAAAACAUUAUUCAAAAUGAAUAUUGAAAAUUCUGAUAAUUGAAAAAUUCCACCCUCAGAGAUUAGAAAUAAUACUGAUAUCUGUUACUUUGUGCCAAAAUCAUAGCCUCUUUUUUAUUUUGAUUAAUGAAUAUGGACAUUUGGUCUCUCAUGAUAAAUAAGCUUUUCAAAGAGGUGAUCACUCAUUAAUUGUAGGUUUCACAAUUCUGUAUAACUUGUAAUUUAAAAAUGAUUGUGUUAUUUGUCCCAAAUGUCUUCUUCUUCUUCUAAUCUAAUGAUAUAAUACAUCAAAAUACAUCUAUUUGCAAUGGAACAUUAGGGUGGAGUAAG